ACUUUCUUGACCACCUCGAACCCGUUGGCGCGACACCCUCCAAAUACGAAUUUGACCGUUAAAACGAAACUCACACAUAUGCCACCUAAACCGCUUACUGACAUACUGGGCAAACUGGGUGAAAAUGACCCCGAAUCGCGCCUGAGCAGCCUUUACCGCCAGUCGGAUAUGAAGAGCACCCCAAGCGAGGGCAGCAUUCCGGACCAGACUACGCUGAACCUCUAUUUCAAGGGUCUUGUGAAUUCAUGGGAGCCACACGAGUUCACAGUAGAUGAGCGAGAAACCGUCAGGGAAGAAAGUCUCCGAUAUAUGGGCAUCGGGCGUGCAAUCGAAAAGGUCCAACACGAUAUACGUCCGAGGCGUUUGCCGCCUGAUAUCGAGUUCCAACUGGUGUUCGCAAAACAAAGCUACCUCGUCCGCUAUUUCCGGUUGUUCAGAGUAAAUGCUUUGCCGAACGAAAUUUUGAACAAUAUCUUGCGCUAUGUGGUCUGGGACACUCCAAGAAGACCAGUAUUAGCAAGGUUGACGAUAACUUGGGUUUGCAGGCGUUGGAGAGAAAAUCUUCUGCACGAUUCGACAAUAUGGACGGCGAUUUGGUUCCGACCAGGGCCGUUGCGUGUUGAACGCGCUUUUACUUGGUUCGACCGCGCCAGGCAAGCUCCAAUGGACAUACAAAUUGAUACGGAAGACGAAACCAACAGCUCGUUGCUCUUGACUGAAGUUGAUAUACGGGGAAUUAUUUCGAGAAUUCUUUUGACCAAGCCUCGUAGUGUUCGCAUGCUCAUCCUGACGUUGGAUGACUGGCCAACCGCUAUGACGAUCAUGGACCUGCUGGCAAAAUAUGGUCCAUCUGGCCUACCAGCGCUUGAGCGAUUCGCAAUUCAUCGAGGUGGAUUAAAAGAUGAACAGCUCUCAUGGCCCCAGCUUGAGCCCAAGCCUUUUCUGGGCGGUGCACAUGCGCCUCGGUUGACAUAUCUUGUGCUGAACGGGGUUCCCGUUGUGUGGAAAGGCUCCAUAUUGGAAAACCUCACCACCUUUGACAUUCGCCGUCUCCCUUCAACUUAUAUGCCUGACCUUUCUCGUUUCCGCCAAAUCUUGAGCAGUUGCCCUCGAUUGGACAGAUUGUUGCUUGAUGGUGCUGGACCACGAUCCGCUGAGUUACCUCAGCUGCCCGCGUCGCCCGUCGACCUUCCGUUACUACGGACUCUGGUCCUGGCCGAUUUCACUCGGCCGUAUGCGACCUUCAUUUUAUCCCUUUUCACCGCCCGCAACGUGAUCGACUUGACGCUCAUGAACUUCUGUGGGGAGGACUACAGCUCAGUGUUCACGUUAAUGACUGGGAUGUUCCCCCACGUUCGACUACUCACCGCUUAUUCCCUCGAAUUCCACUCAUACUUCCGGCCUGCCAUGGUGCGGUGGAUGGACUCGAUGCCCAGACUCGCAUACCUGCGAACCGCUAACCAAUCUUCCCAUUUUUACGGUUUAUUCUUCCGUGAAAAAGACCCCAUGAUAAACCCGGUUGCACCUCUCCUCAAGUUCAUUGAUUGCCAGAUGAUUGAGCCUCUUCCCCUUCUGGUGAGAUGGGUUCGGGAUCGUGCGCGCAUUGGAGUCCCUAUAAAGAAAAUCUACGUCUCAGAACAACUUGGGGAAAAGCUUACCGACAUCCUUAUUCAACACCUAAUGGCUGACGGCAGUGGCCUCUCGCGCUUGCCCACAGGAGCAACGACGCCAGAAGCGGAGGAGUUACGAUGUUCUGGGUCUUAA